CAGGAAAAAAAUUUGUCCAAAAGGUGCAUAUCAAUUUUCUUCUUGACUUGAUAAAGAACGACAAAAAAUAUCUCAUAACCGAGUUAAUGAAGAUGAAUUCCUCAUAGCACAAGUAAACUUACUUGAAGAAACAAGUGGUUUGACCAAUACGGAGGAUGAAGGUGAAUGGAAACCAGUAAAUAAUCCUAUUGGAAAAUACAACUUAGUUAAACUUCCAAGAUUUGCAAUGGAAUUAGUCAGAAAUGAGUGUUCGUCAAACAUAGGUGCAGUCCUUGCAAAUGCUUUACUACAUGACAUAAAACAUCUCUUGAAAAAUGACGUUGAUAUUAAAGAUAUUUUGAUUGACAAAUGCAAGUUAGAUAGGGCCAAGUCAAAAGUAAAAAUCGUUAGUGAAGAGGUGGACUCAGAACAAAAAAAACAGUUAAUUUGUCUUGGGAUUGACAGCAAGCUCGAUCAAAUAACUAAAACAAAUAUAGUAAUAAACUUACCUCAAGGAGAAGUACUAAAGAAAUGCAUUGAACUUGAACAUCAACUCACAUUUACUUAUGAAGAUGGAAAAUCGAGUGGAAAUUAUUUGACUCAUCGGACGAUUCCUGUCACCGGUGCUACAGGUUUAGUUCUUGCUACCGAAACGUUUAGUGUUUUACAAGAACUUAACAGUUUGGAAAGUAUACAAGCUGUUCUUCUUGAUAAUACUGCUACAAAUACUGGACCGCUUAACCAUGCAAGUCUAGCUAUUUGCCUUCUCUGUUUGUAUAUUAGAGACAAUCAACCAACUAGUAAACAACGAAAGUUUGGAAAAAAAAUUCCAGAAAUAAGUUUUAAUGCUAAUCAUUGGUAUGAGUUGGUAGAUAUCAACAUUACUAAAUUUACGGAGCUCCCAACAACACAACAUUUUUCAGUUGAGGAAAUCCAAUAUGCGAUUGACAAUAAUGUUAAACCUGAAAUCCCCGACUUUCCAUCUCAUUCCCAGAGUGUUGAGUGA